AUGGACUUUAUCUACAACUCCCUUGCUGCGAACAGAGCCCACAAGGACCUGGAGUUCUUCGGCAACGCAAUCAAGACAGCCAAGGGAGCAUCGCAGAUUGACAGUCCCAAAACCGCGGAGGUCAGCGCAGGCGUCUCGGCUCGAAUCAUCUUCACCCGAGACCCCGAAAACAUCAAGGCCAUCCUCGCGGGACAGUUCGCAGACUAUGGAAAGGGCGAGCCCUUCCAUAACGACUGGAAGGAGUUCCUGGGCGACAGCAUCUUUGUCACAGACGGUGAGCUGUGGUCGCGCUCAAGACAUCUGAUCCGGCCGAUGUUUGUGCGCGAGCGGAUUGUGGACACCGAGGUGUUCGAAAAGCAUGUCCAGCACCUCAUUCCCUUCCUGUCAGGACAGGAUUCACCGACCAAUAGCAAAAUCGUCGAUGUUGGCCCGUUGUUCUUCCGCUACACGCUGGACGCAGCUACCGACUACCUGCUGGGUCAAGGCACGGACAGUCUGCAGAACCCGACGACGCUGUUCAGCGAAGCAUUCGGCUAUGUGCAGCAUCGCCAGGCCGAUCUAACACGACUCGGUGUCUUCAAGUUCGUGCUCUCGCUGAAGGAGUUCCGCCGCAACCUCAAAAUCAUGGACAACUUCAUCCAGCCCUACAUCAGCCGCGUCCUAUCUCUAUCCACCGCCGAGCUAGACCAGAAACUGUCCAAACAAGACACAUUCCUGGACUCCCUAGCCCGCUUUACCCGAGAGCCAAGAGUCCUACGAGACCAACUGGUGGCAAUCCUCCUCGCAGGCCGCGACACAACAGCCGGCACGCUCUCCUUCUGUCUCUUCGAACUCGCCCGGAACCCCGACGUCGUCGCGAAACUGCGCCAGGAGAUCGAGUCGCGACUCGGCGUCGGAUCCAAGGGCCAAAAGCCCAGCUACAUCGAUCUCAAGGAGAUGAAGUACCUCAACGCCGUGCUGAAUGAAACCAUGCGUCUUUACCCGGUCGUUCCGUUUAAUGUUCGUCUCGCGCUCCAUGACACCACCCUGCCCCGUGGCGGCGGUCCAGAUGGACUUUCGCCCAUCGGUGUUCGUGCUGAUACCCGCGUGAUAUAUUCGACUAUGCUGAUGCAGCGCAACCCGGAGAAUUACGAUGCGCCUGGCUCGGCUCAUUACAUCGACCCGGAGAAGUUUCAUCCCGAGCGCUGGUUGUCUGGCUGGCAGCCUAAGCCGUGGCGGUUUAUCCCCUUUAAUGGGGGGCCCAGGAUCUGUCUGGGUCAGCAGUUUGCUACAAUCGAGAUGGGAUAUACGGUUGUUCGGAUUCUCCAGGCGUUCCGGGAGAUUCAGGCAUACCCGGUCACUGGGAAGACUGUCGUGGAGGAUCCUGUUCUUCGGUUUGAAGUCACCUUGAGUCCGGGGUCGGAGUUGAAUUGUCUCUUUGUGCCAGAGGAAGAAGCGGGCCCUGUUCAAUGA